UUGAAUCUGGGUAGAGCUGUUGCUGUUGAUAUCGCAUUAAAUUGGACAUCAACUGGGAAAUUUUAUGAAUACAAAGUUGAAAAAACUUUAAAUUUAAUUAUUGAAGACCGUGAGCACAACGUUACUUUUGAUUUCACAGAAAGAAGUGCGAAAUCUGUUUUAUGCGUCAGUUUAUUCUUCAAAUCGAAGAAAUUAUCAUUUGGGUCGUUAAAUCCACACAUUAUUAGUCCAAAUGGAACAAGGUGUGAAAUGAAAAUAUUAACAGAGGCAGACUUAACUUCAACAAUAAACUCAGUUGAAUUAAUGGGAUAUAAAUUCUUAGGUGAAAAUCCAAUAGGAAAAUGGACAGUUUCAUUUAGAGUCGCAGACGAUGCAUACCAUGGAACAAUAGAGAGCUUAGGUCUUAAGUUCUUCUAUAACAAAAUAGCUCCAGAUAUCUCUUUGAUAAAUCAAAGAAUUGGUUGCCAUUCACCAUUCGAAGCAAAUGUCUCCAAAAUUACAUUCAAAGAAGAUAAAAUUUAUCUAUUUGCAGCAACAGCUGCUAGGGUCAGAGUAAAUGUAAGUGAAGAUGUAAAAGACGCAUACUACACAGUUUGGCUUGCUUCACCGGAUGGAAAUGAUAGGAUUCUUAUUAAUGCUGGUUUUAAUGAGAAAUUCGAUUUGUUAAAAAUAGAAUAUACUCCUAGUGUUUUCAGGGAUAAACUUGAUAUGAUACUUAUUAUUGAUUCCAUGGAUCCUAAGUGCAUCUUUUCAUCAAAUGUUUCAGUUGACUAUAGUAAUACUUUGGAUGUUGGCUUAUCCAAUCCACCAAAUGGAACAGUAUACAAAACUGCAGAUACUGACAUAUAUAUUGAAUAUGCUCUGCAUCUUAAUAGAAUCAUUUAUGAUGGAUUUUCUACAACAAUCGCUGCAACUAUUAUAUCUCCUGAUAGCAAGGCCAUUCUAAAUAGAGAAUGGAUCAGAAACACAGGAAAUAGGUGGCUUAUUAACAUGAUUCCUUCAACAAAGAAGUUUUAUUUACAAAUAUCACCUACUUCAACUGAAAGACAAGAAUAUAUCCAUCCUAUGACGAUUAAUUUAUUUGUUGUUGAACAAGAUGGCAAAUAUAGGCCCGAUGCAUUAACUCCUGUUCAAAUUACUGAGAUUGUGUUAGGUAUUGUAUUAUUUGUUCUGUUAUUGUGUUUCGGGAUCUACAGAUCUAUUGUUUUGUUUUGCACCAAGAAAUCAUCAAUUCAUUUUGAAUAA